GACAAAAUUCAAAGUUCUCCACAGUACUACUACUAGUACUGUGAACGCUGCCGGAUCUCUCGCAUUCGUCUUUCAGAAUGGCUCUGGUAUCGGCCUACUCAUCUGAUGAAGAUGAUGCAUUCUCCGCGGGGGAUGUUUUUGGACUUUCAACUCUUCCCUCUGCAAAAAAACCUCGCGUCGACGAUUUGGUCAAACAACAAUUACACGCUGCUCCGGAUGUAUUAUCUGAGGACCCUCUUCACCAAACGUCGCUCGUCACUCGUCCAACAGACACGCAAAUGAACGUCAACAUAAAGUACGACGACAUGAUGUUGCCUUUGCAAGGCCCCGAGAAUCCUUUUGGUGACAGAAAACGGUUCUUGAAUCAGAAUGCUCUCGCUGGUCAUGUUGAAGAGCAGUCUAUGACGGAGCAUGCCUUUCGUUCUCAGCACCUCACCCAUGCCAUCCUUGGUUAUUCUGCAAAUCCGUCAAUAGACCCAAAUGCCCCUGCAGUUCUCGGUUCAAUAGAAAGUGCACAAUCAAACGGUUUUUCUACAAUCGAUACUCUGCGUGCUACAAGGAGCCAGCGUAAAGAAUUAAAGCGAAAACGAAAACAGAGAGGCGACCUGGAUAUCGUGGAAGGAGAGGGAGCUUAUGUCGGUCCUUGGGCGACUUGGCAAGGAGAUGAACCUGAAAAUCAUUUCUUAACUGGUGUAGAAGUAGGUGAUGAGCAAGAGGAAGAGGAGGAGGAAGAAGAAGAAGAAGUCGUAAAGACGAAGAAAGCAAAACCAAAGCGCGGCGCACCUGGUCAGGAAACAUCUAUCUUCCAUGGAAAGUCUAUGACAGACUACCAGGGCCGAACGUACAUGUCACCACCUGUGGCGGAAGCACCAAAUCUAUUGCAGGAAGCUGGGUCGCAGGAAUGUUUCAUUCCAAAAGUUUGUAUACACACCUGGACCGGUCAUACGCAAGGCGUAUCGGUCAUUCGUACCUUCCCGGAAACUGGUCAUAUGUUCCUCAGCGGCUCGAUGGAUACAAAAAUCAAACUUUGGGAUAUAUAUACACAUGGAAACUGUUUACGCACUUUCCAUGGACACGUCAAAGCCGUGAAGGAUGUAACGUUCUCGAACGACGGCCGUCAAUUUCUAUCCUGUAGCUACGAUCGAACAAUCAAACUAUGGGAUACUGAAACCGGCCAGUGUAUCAAACGCUUUGGUAAUGGGAAGAUUCCUUAUGUCGUCCGGUUCCACCCAGAUCAAGAUAAACAGCACAUUUUCCUCGCUGGUAUGUCGGAUAAGAAGAUUAUUCAAUACGAUAUGAACACCGGCGACAUUACACAAGAAUACGAUCAGCACUUGGGUCCUGUCAACACCAUUACUUUCGUUGAUGAAAACCGCCGCUUCGUCACCACCUCGGACGACAAAACAAUACGGGCUUGGGACUUUGAUAUACCUGUGGUCAUCAAGUAUAUCGCUGAACCACACAUGCAUUCGAUGCCAGCUGUGACGCUCCAUCCUUCGAAUCGAUACUUCGCGGCACAGUCGCUCGAUAACCAAAUCCUUGUCUACAGCACUGACAACUUUCGCCAGAAUCGUAAGAAACGAUUUGCUGGUCAUUCUGUAGCCGGAUACGCGUGUCAAGUGGGAUUCUCCCCAGAUGGAAAAUGGAUUAGCAGCGGAGACGGAGAAGGAAAUGUCGUUUUCUGGGACUGGAAGACAGGGCGAAUCAAGUCCAGGCUGAAGGCUCACUCGAAAGUCGUCAUUACUCACGAAUGGCUUCCUCAUGAUACAUCAAAAGUAAUCACGGCGUCAUGGGAUGGACUUAUCAAGCUAUGGGAUUGAGAACCUUCGAACUCAAUAAUCUUAUUUUCGUUGUACAUACACACCCAUAUAAUAACAUGUUGUAACACGAUUCUCUGCUUGCAUAUGGAC